AUGUACAUAAUUACAUUGGCUGGAAACAUCUUCAUCAUACUGAUCUAUAAAUUAAGCCCCACCCUCCAGAAGCCCAUGUAUUUCUUUCUGGCUAAUUUUUCUGUUUUAGAAAUCUUUUACAUUUCAUCAACUUCUCCCAAAAUGUUAUCAGAUCUCCUAUCGGAAUAUAAAUGGAUCUCUUUCUACGGAUGCGCUGCUCAGUUGUACUGCGUCUUGUUUUUGGCCGGCACUGAGUUCUACAUUCUUGCAACCAUGUCGUAUGACCGAUAUAAUGCCAUAUGUCAACCACUUUUAUACACCAUCAUUAUGAACAAGAAAACUUGCACUCAACUCAUUGCCGGAUCUUGGCUUAUUGGAGCAUCAAAUGCUUUAAUCCACACUAUAUUCACCUUCUCAGUCCCGUUCUGCAGUUCUCAUAAACUGAACAGCUUCUUUUGUGAUGUCCCCGUGUUAUUAAAGUUGGCCUGCAAGGACACAUGGCUCAAUGAACUUAUCGUGUUCAUCUUUGGUGGUGGGAUGACUUCUGGUUCACUUAUAUUGACGAUAAUCUCUUACGCUAAAAUAAUAUCAACAAUCCUGAACAUUAGUUCAAUGUCCCAGAGGAAGAAAGCCUUCUCAACCUGUACUUCUCACCUCAUAGUGGUCACAAUCUUUUAUGGCUCAGUCUUCUUUAUGUACUUGAGGCCCAAAUCAAGUUAUGGAAAGGAUGAGGACAAGUUGGUUGCUGUUAUGUACACUGUUAUUGCUCCUCUGUUGAAUCCAUUUAUUUACAGCCUUCGAAAUCAGGAAGUAAAAACUGCUGUUAGGAAAAUAGUUUACCGGAGUUUAUCCUCCGCUAAAAUGAGAAACAGAGAUGGAUCUUGA